AUGUCUGAAACAAAGCCGCAGUUCCUGCGCUUUACGGGCCAUAAGAACUUUGCUCAGCGCCUCGUCCUUUCGACCCUUACCGGACGACCCGUUCACAUUUCCAAAAUCCGUACAACUUCGCCUACGAAUCCUGGUCUCGCACCUCACGAAGUCUCCUUUCUUCGCCUCCUCGAAGCCAUCACCAAUGGCUCGUCUAUGCAGAUCUCAUACACGGGUACAACGAUAACAUAUCAUCCCGGUCUUAUUACUGGUGCAGCUCCUGGUGUGGGCGCCGUCGGCGAUGCUGGCGACAUGAUCGAGCACAACCUCCCCGCUACAUGUACGCGCGGAGUCACAUAUUUCCUCAUGGCUCUCUGCCAGCUGGCACCAUUCUCGAAAGCCCACAUGAACGUGCGAUUUACCGGCCCUGGCGUCAUUACAUCCGCUACAGAGACUGGCGAUCUUUCAGUUGACUCGUUUCGGACCGCCAUCCUCCCUCUCUACAACCUCUUUGGCAUUCCGGCAAUACGGAUAGAGCUUAGGGUAUUGCAAAGGGCGUGUGCAGGACCCAAGGGCGUAGGCGGCGCCGGCAUUGUUGAGCUUAGAUUCGCAAGUCAGGUGCGGCUGCCGAAAACAUUACAUCUAAACAGAAAUUCCGGCAGGAUACGGAGGAUACGUGGUGUAGCCUACGCGACGGGUGUUUCGGCUAGCAACAAUGCGCGCAUGAUUCAUUCCGCCAGAGAAGUGCUUAACCCAUUUGUUGCAGACAUACACGUGGCGGCGCAGUAUGAUCAGGCACCACUUGUGGCCACGGGCGACAAGACGAAGAGGAGGAUGGGCAUUGGUUUUGGAAUCAGUCUGGUGGCAGAGUCAAGCUCAAACGGCGUACUAUACUCUGCUGACGUGGUUGCGCCAGCAGAGGGAGGAGUGGUGGCCGAAGACAUUGGAAAACGAUGCGCAUACCAGCUCUUGGAGAGGAUCGAGGUUGGAGGAUGUGUAGAUCUGGCGGCAGCACCCACAAUCAUGACGCUCAUGGCCAUGGGAUCCGAAGAUGUGGGCCGAGUCAGAUUAGGCAGAGGUGUGAUAGGGGCGGAGGAGACGAUAAGACUUGCCCGAGAUUUGAAAACAUUCGGCGCAAGCAGCUGGGGUCUGCGUGAUGUGGAAGACGACGACACGGGCGACAUCAUUAUCUCGGUGAAGGGGACAGGUGUCGGCAAUGUUGGCAGAAAGGUAGCAUAG